UGCAACAACAACACGAACCACAACAUUGGCAACGGGGCAACUCUGAAGUGGUUUUUUAUGAUGAGCGAGAAGCACUUUCAACUGCCUUAGCCUCAGUUGGAGCCAACAAAAGCGUGUCAAACAUACUGUACUAAAACUGUCAGACGAGAAUUACACAAAAACACAUAAGCACACGUAUAAACGUAUGUAUGUAUAUAUGCACACAUAUAGCUGUCUUUGUCUACGGUGUGUGUGUGUGGGUGUGUGUGUGCAUUUGUGGCGUAUUCUAGAGUGUAAAAGAUCCAGUCAUAAUGCGGGCGGUUCUAUUUCAGUUCUACACCAUCGAGACCAUAUUUAACCUGGCGCUCAUGUUCCUUCACAUUGACGGCUUUCUCUCGCAGCCCCUGGAUGCACUCACACUCCAAAGGCGGGUGUCUUACUUUUUCUACUGUGCCUGCUUCUACGCCUUUACGGUGCUGAUCGUCUUCGCGAGCAUCGACAACUGCACCGGGCACCGGCUCUCCCUGUGCGAGGAGGUCGUGCGCAAUGUGAUCGGCUUUGUGAUGUACGUGAUCAUUUCACUGAUGACACUGGAGGAUGCGGAGCAGGACUUCAACGUGCUGGGCGUCAAUAUCCAUGACACAUUGGGCGUGGAGAAACCAGUGCAUCCAUUCUUCAUCUACAUGCGAUACCAGGCGGCUGCCUCCCUGGCCUGCGGCGUGAUGUACUUGCUGCACGCCACCAUUGCCAUCGACGUGCUCCUGUCUAACGAAAGGGGCUUCUACGAAUACGACGACGCCGACGACAAUGAAGGCAGCGACUAUAUACCCGCGCGCAUCUACUUCAUGAGCGAGUGGGUGCAGUCGAAGCUGGAGCAGUACGAGUGGUUCCAGAGCUUCAGCCGCAGUGCUACGAUCCAUGUGUAACGGACGAGUCCUAGAGA